CUUGACCAUUAUUAAGUUAAAAUAAUAAUAAUUUCACAUCAUAAAUCAUCAUAUAAAAUAAUAUUGUACCAACAAUACAAUCUCUCCGGUACAAACAAACCAAAGGCAUCAUCUCCGCCACCAUGACCGCCUCCUCCGUUUCCUCUCGCAAGGUUUUAAGCAAAAUUGCCACCAAUAGACUUCAAAAGGAGCUCACGGAGUGGCAGAUCAAUCCUCCUUCUGGAUUCACACACAAAGUCACCGACAAUCUUCAACGGUGGGUGAUUGAAGUGAAUGGAGCUCAGGGAACCAUUUAUGCUAAUGAAAAGUAUCAGCUUCAGGUUGAUUUUCCGGAGAAUUAUCCGAUGGAAGCGCCUCAGGUGAUAUUUUUGCAUCCGGCUCCACUUCAUCCGCAUAUCUAUAGCAAUGGCCAUAUUUGUUUAGAUAUUUUAUACGACUCAUGGUCGCCAGCCAUGACUGUUGGUUCUAUCUGCAUCAGCAUUCUCUCCAUGCUAUCAAGUUCUACAGUGAAGGAACGUCCAGAAGAUAAUGAUCGCUAUGUCAAGAACUGUAGAAACGGUAGAUCUCCAAAGGAGACUAGAUGGUGGUUUCAUGACGACAAAGUUUGAUGAAUCAAGAAUGAAUCAGGUGCUACGUUGACGUCGUGUCGUAUUCCUGUAAAUGAAGAGCAAAUUUUCUUCUUUGUUUGCUCAAAAAGUAAGGACUGAUUGUGAAGUUUAUUUAAAUCUACUUAUGUUUCUGAAGCAAUUUAUAUGCAUUUAACUCUUCCACACAA